CACCUGGCUGGCUGCAGGGGCCUGGGUGCUAUUCCUGACGCUGCCUCUCACCUGCUUGCUGACCUUGGCCGUGCUGCUCCUUUCACUGCUUCCAUUUCUCUAUCUUGUAAGUGGUGAGAACAACACUGAUCUUGUUUUUCUAAAGCACUUGAGGGCUGAGGAUGGGAAAGUGGCAAGGCAAGGUGAUAGCUAUUCACAAGUGCCAGGCAAAUGGAACUGGAAUAAUGUGGAUGUGACCUUUUAAAAAGGACAGUGCUUUCAGCAGGCGUGCUUACUGAUAGCAUGCGGGAGUGGAGCAGCACUUCUGCACCUCUCUGACCAUCAAAGUGCCACUCAGAGCAAGGCUUGCUUCUCCUUGCACAUAAGGCAGAGGCUGAGGAACCUUGUGGAAAUAACCCCAAAGUCUUGGUUCUGCAGGAAAUGUGUGUUCCUGUUUUUUCAGAAUGGUGAUGAACAGUCCUGGGGGGGAAUAUGUAUGUUUAAGUUCAUAGCAUGACAGGUUUUGUCAUGCUGUGCCAGCUGCAAAUCCUCCUCCCUGCAGGGGAAGUUAAGCAGAAUGACUGAGGAGGGAUUUACACUGCUUUUGUGUACCAGCAAAAGGAUUUUAGAGCAGACCCACCGUUUUCUUCCAAUGUAUGCAGCAGUAAAUAUUUAAUAAUACAGAUUCCUCAAUGCUUUAACAGUGAGAUGAAUACUUCUCAAUACAAAGACCUCCUUUUGUGUUCCAGUGACCAGAUAUUGCUCCAACUUCAGUCUGCGCUUAGCUGUUGUGUGACAACUGGAGCUGAGAGCUGUGGGCUGUCAGAGCACAAAAUGGAAACGUGCUGUUCAGGUUGCAGUGAUCCAUCCCUGGGUCCUGGAGCCCGGCGUGGUGCUGGGCUGGCAGAGCUCAGACCCAAAAGUUAUGUCCUGGGAAGGAGUCACAUCCCUUCUGUGUCUCUCUGGUUUGGGAGCAGUUGGUGUGUCCUGGAAUCUCCAACAAAUUGUAAUAGAGGAGGGGCUGUGUCAUAAAGCAGGCAGGGCUGUUCUUCGGAACAGCAGGUAAUGGCGGUGCAGUGUUUUCUUUCCUCACACUUGCCUGAGUGCCAUGCCUGGGCCUUGAUGCUUCUGGGAACAGCUAUUGAAAAUGGCAGAGAGAGCUGGGAACGAAGAAGCAGUUCACCUAAGCAGCUUCCAUAGCCACAGAGGGAAAGACCGAAUAAACCGCAGGGAUGAAGGUCUUAUCACAAUAUCAGAUUCCUCGGAUGAAGAAUUGCCUUUGCAGGAAACACCAGCAGAGCAGCAGCGUGAGGAUGAUGAUGAUGAAGAUGUGGUCAUCUUGGCAGAGACCUCCAAGCAUCAGCAGCUCAUGCGUCCCAAUGUCAUCAGACCUGCUGCUCAGUGGCAGGGAGCAAACGCUGUGGGAGAAGGAGGAUCUAAAAAUGCUGUAGGGCCUUUGGGGAGCGUGUGUGUGCAGGAUGAGGUCUCAGCUCUGCUGUGCCAGAAAGACCACGCGGCGCAGAGCAGUGCUGGACCAAGCAAGGAGGAGAGUGUGAAUUUUGCCUUGCAGCAGCCUGGACCGCCUGAGCUGAAUGGUCCCAGGUCUGAGCUUACGAGUGACCCUGAACCUGGCCUGAGUUUGUUUCCCACAAUAGUAACAAGUCCGCAGCUUGUUAACAGGGAAUUUGGUAGUCUGGGGAAAGCAGACUUUCCACCACAGCAAGGGGAAGAGGUGGAAGCCCAGGGCUGGCAAGCGGAGGACUUAAAGCCAGAGCUCUCGCAGAGCAUUGAUAGAACAGCUGCUGCAACCACCACACAGCAGGAGAUCCAGGACAGCAGCCCGCCGGGUCCCCCCUACCUCCAGCCCCUGGACACGGAGCCGCGCGCUGUGCUCAGUGGCUGUGCUCCGCAGCAGGGGCAGCCCGAGGCAGGCUCAGCAUCUCUGAGAGCGUAUGGAGAGGAGGCUCCAGGGCCGGCCUUUCCCAGACCGGAGCCACAGCAGGAUGGCAUUCCGGGUCCUGCUUCACCCCAGCCAGCACAUCCACCAGAGGAGACGAGGGGACAGCAGGAGACAGACAACGAGCGGCCCGGCCCAGCCUUCCCAGCACAGGGCUCCCAUGAACUCGGAUCUAGCAGUGUGCCAGAACAAGGGGCUGCUGGGCAGGAGGACCAGGACUUCACUGCCCUGCUCAUCAGAGAGACAGAAGCGAGAUUUCCAGAUGUGAGGAAGGAAUAUAUUGAAGAGCUAAUCAGCAUCAAGGACUGCUAUGACUUAAAUGUACUUUGUAACUUCCUUCUGGAAAAUCCAGAUUACCCAAAGAAGGAAGGCAGAAUGGUUUUAAAUCCCACCAGCAGCCUGCUUGCCAGCCAAGAUGAGACAAAGGUGCCUAAAGUGGACUACUUUGACUUCUCCAAGCUUGCCCCGCUCGAUCAGCGGUGCUUUAUUCAGGCAGCUGACCUUCUCAUGGCAGACUUCAAGAUGCUGAGCAGCCAAGACAUUAAGUGGGCACUACAUGAACUCAAGGGACACUAUGCAAUCACACGAAAGGCCUUUUCAGAUGCCAUCAAAAAAUGGCAGGAGCUGUCUCCAGAAACCAGUGGGAAACGAAAAAGGAGAAAAGAAAUGAAUCAGUAUUCAUAUAUAGAUUUCAAAUUUGAGCAAGGUGAUGUGAAGAUUGAGAAGCGGAUGUUCUUUCUGGAGAAUAAGAGGCGGCACUGGAGGUCCUAUGACAGGCUCUCACUUCUCCCACCUGUGCUACUGGAGCAGGAAUUCUAUGAACAAAAAGUUAAAGAGAUGGCAGAGCAUGCAGACUUUCUCCUUGCUCUGCAGAUGAAUGAGGAACAGUAUCAGAAGGACGGUCAGAUGAUAGAGUGCCGCUGUUGUUACGGGGAGUUUGCUUUUGAAGAGCUAACUCAGUGUGCAGAUGGUCACUUGUUCUGUAAGGAGUGCCUAAUUAAAUAUGCUCAGGAGGCAGUCUUUGGCUCUGGGAAGUCAGAGCUCAGCUGCAUGGAAGGCAGUUGCACGUGUUCGUUCCCUACCAGCGAGCUGGAGAAGGUGCUUCCAGAAACCAUCCUGUGUAAAUACUACGAGCGGAAAGCCGAGGAGGAGGUGGCUGCUGCUUGUGCAGAUGAGCUUGUCAGGUGUCCCUUCUGUAACUUCCCAGCUCUACUGGACAAUGAUGUGAAGAGGUUCAGCUGCCCUAAUCCCCGCUGCAGAAAGGAAACAUGUCGGAAGUGCCAGGGGCUGUGGAAGGAGCACAUGAACCUCACCUGCGAGCAGCUGGCUGAGAAGGAUGACAUCAAGUAUAGGACAUCCAUAGAAGAGAAAAUGACAGCGGCCCGAAUCAGAAAAUGCCACAAGUGUGGGACUGGCCUGAUCAAAUCGGAGGGCUGCAACCGCAUGUCGUGCCGCUGCGGAGCGCAGAUGUGCUACCUGUGCCGGGCUGCCAUCAAUGGCUACGACCACUUCUGCCAGCACCCCCGCUCACCUGGGGCUCCCUGCCAGGACUGCGCCAAGUGCUCUCUCUGGACGGAUCCCACAGAAGAUGACGAAAAGAUAAUUCAGGAGAUUCAGAAGGAGGCUGAAGAGGAGCAGAGGAAGAAGAACGGAGAGAACAGCUUCAAGCGGAUCGGCCCUCCGGUGGAAAAGCCCAUGGAGAAAAUGCAGAGAAUUGAAGUCAUCCCCAGACCUGUUCCUCAGAACCUCCAUCAGCCACGGAUGCCUCCUUACCCCUUCGUGCACCCUCCCUUCCCUCUGCCCCCCGUCCGUCCCAUGUACAAUAACAUCCCCCUCAACAUCGGCCCCAUCCCCGCCCCCUACGUGCCCCCAUUGCCUAACAUGAGGGUGAACUAUGAUUUUCCCCAGAUCAACGUUCAGCUGGAGCACAACUUGCCUAUGCACUUCGGCCCUCAGCCUCGGCACCGGUUCUGACCUGGUUUGGAUAGCGUUGGUCACUGCAGGACGAAGCCCCUGGUUACAUCACCCCGUCCUGCUGCAGCCCCCCACAUAGCCAGCUGCAAGGGGAGCUGCUGUGACUCGCACACACCUGCACUACACCCUUAUCUAUAGCUUCUCUGGACCUUUACAAUCAAACAUUUCAACCUGUGCUGCAACAGGGCUUGGUGCUGCAUUUCCAAGGUCUCUUCCUAUGUCGGGAGUCCUUUUUUUUUUUUUUUUUAUUUGGCAAAGACUAUUCAGACAGCUGCUGAGAGGGAAAAUGAGACUUGUGGAGCACAGGGGAUGCAAAAGAUCCUUGGGAGUCUUCCAAAACUCCAACCUUCCUGCUGGCCAGAGCAGCUGCAACAGCCUGAGUCCUGCAGGAAGGGAGGAGGGACUUGGCAUCUGAGUAAGACCUUCAGGAACGAGGUAAUGGGACUCGGCUGCCCUAAGCCCAAGGUUUGGGGUUCCCAUGUUCUCCAGCAUCCCUGUAACCUGCUAACACCUCCCAGCAGAAAUAAAUUGUUCCAAACCAA